AUGGACCUGCACGAAACACAGCGCCUGGUCCUCGAGUACCUGCACGAGCUGAGCAGCCAGUUCCACCGCGUGCCGGGCUCAGCCAUCCUGCUCCGCUACGUCAGGUCGUCGUACCAGAAUGACCCCGUCCGCUCGGCCGUCGAGCUGUUCCUGUUUCUCUUCGCGGUGAGAUACCUGCUUGCGCCGAAGUAUUCGACGAAGCCGAAUUUUGUGCCGUUGUCGGAGGAGGAAAUUGACGACUUGGUUGAGGACUGGGCUCCGGAACCUCUUGUUACGCCUCCUUCGCCGCGGGAUGAGGCGGAAGUCGAGAAACGGGUUGUGCUUGCUGGGCCAACGGGCCCGAAAUCAAAACUCACCAACGGCCGCACCGUGAUCAACCUCGCCUCCUCCAACUUCUACAACUUUGUCGCGAAUGAGAACCUCAAGGAGAAAGCUAUCCAGACUCUCCGCACAUACGGCGUCGGCCCCUGCGGGCCACCGGGUUUCUACGGGACUCAGGACGUGCACAUACGUACUGAGGCAGACAUUGCAGCCUCCCUUGGCGUGCCUGCCUGUAUUGUUUAUGCGCAAGCGUUCUCCACGAUAUCUAGUGUUAUCCCAUCGUUCUCUAAGCGUGGUGAUAUCAUUGUUGUGGAUAAAGGCGUUAAUUAUGCGAUUCGGAAGGGCAUACAGAUCUCGCGGAGCGCGGUGCGCUGGUAUGAGCAUAAUGAUAUGGAGGAUUUGGAACGGGUGUUGAGCAAGAUUACGAAGGAACAGGCGAAGAAGCCGUUAACAAGACGAUUUAUUAUUACCGAGGCGCUGUUUGAGAGUAGAGGAGAUAUGGUGGAUUUGCCGGCCAUUAUUGAACUCAAACUCCGCUACAAAUUCCGAUUAAUUCUUGACGAGACAUGCUCGUUCGGCGUCCUGGGCCGCACCGGCCGCGGAAUCACAGAACACCAAAAUGUCGAUGCGACGGAAGUCGACAUGAUCGUCGGCUCACUAGCCGGUCCCCUUAUUGCAGGAGGAGGCUUCUGCGCUGGGUCAGAGGAAAUUGUCCACCACCAACGUAUCUCCGCCACUGCGUACUGCUACUCUGCCGCGCUUCCCGCCUUGCUGGCCACGACGGCUAGUGAAACCAUCAUCCUCUUGCAGAAUAGCCCCGACCUUAUCACGCAGCUGCGGGAGAAUAUUAAGGCGAUGUGGCUGCAACUAGACCCCCGGAGUGACUAUGUCUACUGCUCAUCCGCGCCGGAGAAUCCCGUAAUGCACCUCGUGCUGAAGCAGAGUGUUGUCGUGGCGAAGAGGCUGUCGGUUGAAGAUCAGGUCGCCUUAAUGCAGGAUAUUGUUGACGAGGCUCUCGCCAAUGGCGUCCUCAUUACCCGUAGUAAGUCCAUCGAGGACAACGUGAUCCCCCAGCACAUUGCGACUCCUCCUCCUCCUGCUCUCAAAGUAUGCUUGACGACGGGCAUAUCGCGGAGGGAGGUUGAGAAGGCGGGGACCAUAAUUCGUCAUGCUAUUACGAAGGUUCUCAGGCAGAGGCGAUAA